AUGAGGGCAAGUUCUGAGGCUUUUUUGGUUAGGGAUUCGAAGGAGGAAGAUCAGUGGGCAGCACCACUAGGAGCCUCAACAAGAAUGGCGAAGACAAAAACAGAAUGGCCGAGCACAAAUUGGGAAUCAAUGGGAAUGGCACCAGAGAUGGUGAAAUCUGGAAGCUAUUUUGGUCAGAGGAGUAUGGGUGAAGGAGAGUUCUAUGUGUUGGAAGCAAAUGAGUUGUUUCUUCAAAAUAGAUCUAUGAGCCAUGGAUCAAUGAUUCUCAAAUUAAAGCUAAUCUCCCAGUGCCUUCUUGAUGUAAGUCUGUUCUGUGGGAUUCUUUUGCCUUGGCCUUGUGAGCUUGGCUGUGAUUGGUGGAGCUUCUUUCAUGAGAGCAUGUUCCUUUUGGAAUUUGUUGCUCUCUGUUGCAACUUAGCUUCUUUGGAUGACCUAAGGAGUUUCGUAAUGGGUUUGUGGCCUCUAUGGUUGGGUUUUAUGCCCCUCAAUCCCAAUAAUUUCUUCUUUUGUUUGUUCGUUUCUCCUCUAGAAGGAUGGUUAACUUGUGCUCAUCUUUGCUUGCCUGGUUUUGUGAUUGUUUUGGUGUGCAGCUUCAAGUGCAUUAAGGGAGCGUGUUCUUGGAUAGAUUUUUCAUCGUCUCCCCUUCUUUCUCACGGUUUAUUCUCAGGUGCUACUAUAGGAGUGAACCAGAUCUGUUUGUUCUCGGCUGCUGCUAUAGGAGUGAUCCAGUUCAGUGUUGUCUUUUGA